AUGACCAACCAGAAGCCGGCAGAGCCUUCAAAUAUUGAAGAGGAUGCUAAUUAUCAAAUUGAUAUUCAAGAAGACAAGGAACAUCCUAUCUUCAAGAUUAAAUACAGAUCCAACUCCGUCAUUAGCAUCGGAGCACUUUCAGAUGGAUCGAGUUACGAGAACUUACCAACAGUCAAAGUGUUAGGUACAGGUGGUACUAUUGCAUCUAAAGGUACAUCAUCACACCAAACCGCGGGCUACGAAGUGGACUUGACUAUUGAGGAUCUUAUUAAGAGUAUACCAGACUUAUCAACCACCUGUAAUUUACAAUAUGAACAGGUCUUAAACCUUGACUCGAAAGAUAUUGGAACACAUGAAUUAUUAAUGUUAUACCAAAAAAUUCAAGAAGAUUUACCUAAAUAUGAUGGUAUAGUUAUUACGCACGGUACUGAUACCAUGGAAGAAACAUCAUUUUUCUUGCAAUCAACAUUACGUACAAGCAAGCCGAUCGUGAUGUGCGGAUCUAUGCGUCCAUCUACUGCCAUUUCUUCAGAUGGUCCUAUGAACUUAUACCAAGCAAUCGUUAUUGCGGCUCAUAAAGAUUCGAGAGGUAGGGGAGUCUUGGUUGCACUUAAUGAUAGAAUCGGAGCAGGUUUCUAUAUCACCAAAUCUAACGCUAAUUCAUUAGAUACCUUCAAAUCAAUAGGUCAAGGCUAUGUGGGAAGCUUCGUGAAUAAUGAAGUCCAUUAUUUUUUCCCUGCCGCAAGGCCUCUAGGCAUAACCUAUUUUAAGUUAUCAAAUCCUUCUGCGUUGGCUGAUUUACCAGAGGUUCCAAUUAUUUUCGCUCAUCAAGGUUUGAAUAACAAAAUCAUCGAGGUGACAAUUAAAGAAUUAGGUGCAAAAGGUUUGGUAUUUGCUACUAUGGGUGCUGGGUCAAUGUCCAAAGGUACUAAUGAGUUUGCUUGUAAAUUUUCAAAAGAACAUAAUAAUAUACCAAUCAUCUAUUCUAAGAGAUCUAUGGAUGGAAUGGUUCCAGUGGGAUCAUUACCAAAAAUUUCCAACGACAAAGGAGAAACAAUUGAAUACAAAAAUGCCAUUGCCAGUGGAUACUUAAACCCUCAAAAGUCAAGGAUUUUAUUACAAUUAUGUCUCAGCGAUGGAAUGGAAAUUAACGAAAUUAAGAGAGUGUUUAAGGGAGUUUACGGGGGUUAG